GUGUUUCUUUUUCUCCAUAGGCCUUGAAGGCAUCAUAUUUUGCGUCUUAACGUCACCAGAGAAGCUUCUACAUUCAGAUAUUAGUGAGCAAGAAUAAGUCUAUUGUCGUGAUGUGCAUUCUUUCUUUGCAAGUAUGGAGUCUCAGAAUUCGAAUCUCACCUGCGCCAUAUGCCUGGAGCGUUUCAGAUACCCUGUAACCAUCCCCUGCGGCCACACUUUCUGUAAAGACUGCAUCACCACUCACUGGGACACUAAGAGCAGGUCCAACAUCGGCCCUCAGUGCCCCAUCUGCAACGAUGAGUUCCCCUCCAGACCGGUUCUGAAGCGGAACGUGUCCCUGUCGGUGCUGGCCGAGGCUGCCAACAGCACGGCUGCAUCCUGCAGGGAGCAUCCGAUUAGGUCAGGGGAUGGAGGGAGGACCAUGCUGCUGUGCGAUCGCCACAAGAAGCCACUGGUUUAUUACUGCAGACAGGACAAAAUGCCUGUUUGCUACGAAUGUGGCAUCAAAGAAUGCAUCAAUCAUGACAGAGUCCUGUUGGAGGCUGAGCGGGAAAACCAAGAGCUGCUGCUGGAGAGAAAGAGUAAGGAGGCGGAGAAACGCCUUGAAGAAACACAAAAGAAUAUAAAUGACUUGACGGAGAAUAUCAGUCACGCUAAGGUUAUUGUAGAUCAGACCUCCUCCUGGAUGAAGGUGAAAUUCUCCAGUCUGAUCAAGAUCCUGGCUGAGAAGCAGGAGGCCACGGAGCGGUUCAUCGAGGAGCAGAAACAGGAAGCCAUCGUGGAGGCGGAGACGCGGCUGGCCCGCCUCGAGGAGCGCUCCAAGAUCCUGACAGAGACCCGCGAUCAAAUGGCAGCUCUGGGCCAGCUCUCCGAUACAGACCUCAUCAGGGAAUCAACACGGGUAGAAGUGCCACAUUUCAGCGACAUCACCACAGACGUGUCGCCAAAUCUUCUGGAUCGAUUAAACGGCGUCACAGACGUUCUGACCCGAGUUUCCAAGCUGGUUUCUGAGGACCUGGAGAGAGCCGUGUGCACCGCUGUGGUUCAGGACGGCGACGGUUCUCCUCAGGAUAAGAGGCCGGUUCUGGCUGUGGUUCCCAGUCCGGCUGCUCCGUGCCUCCCAGGAGGGAAGGAAGGCCUCAGCGCCUAUCGGUGCACUCUGACCUUUGACCCUCGAACUGCCAACGAACACCUGUAUCUGUCUCAUGAGAACCGAAGGGCAGAGCACCUGACCUCUGGGCCGCGCCGUGUCCCAGCUCACGAGGCGCGCUUUGACCACACCUGGCAGGUGCUCUGCUUUCAGGGCUUUAAAAACGGACAGCACUACUGGGAGCUGGAGGUGUCCAAACCGUGGGCGUACCUCGGGGUAACCUAUGAGACCAUCCCCAGGAAGGAGAAGGGCAAGAGGUGCAUGGUGGGAAUGAACGAACUGUCAUGGAGCCUGCAGCUGGACGAGCACCAGCUCUCAGCCUGGCACAACGGGCGGCGGGAGACUCUGGCCGGCCCCUCCCACCACAGCCGCAUCGGCAUGCUGCUGGACUACGAGGCGGGGACGCUCACCUACUACGGCGAAGGCCAGACCAGGCUCCACGCCUUCCACUGUGUCUUCACCCAGGAGCUGUUUCCUGCCUGCUGGAUAGGAGAGGGCGUCAGCAUCACCCUCUGCUCCACGUGAGCCCAAACAGAAGGCGCCACUUGCCGGUUAAACACGGAGAAACUUCUUUUAUCUGUUAGAACUCUUUCUCCCUUUAAACGACUGCUGGUUUAUGACCAUCGUCUCCUGGAAACCUUCAAGCAUCUUCAUCUGAACGGUUUCAUCCUACUUUAGACCAUUUUGGAUCGAGCUCACUGCAUACGAUUUCAUUCUGCAGCCAAACAGAUGCUUUAAAGCAAAUGAUGGAAACGUCUAAAAAAAACAAAAACAUUUCAUAUCAAACUGUCUCUGCUGUAUGUUCGUAUCGACAGAUGUGAUUCAGCAGAUUGACUGCAGGAUUAAAGGAGACACUCUAACUUUGUAACCAAAGUGAGGGUGUCAUUAAUGGGUUAAACAUAGUCGUCAAGAGGAGACCUUGUGUUUAUAAAGAGCUGAUGGUUCCAGAAAUGUCCUGUUAGUCCCUCUCUUAUUUUAAUUAUUUAAAUUUGGAAACAAACUGUUUUUUAAACAACUGGCUAAAAAAAGGCCCUCAUAUAGUGGAUUUUCUCAAAUCUAGACAGGUUUAUAAUGAUCCAUACAGGUUCAAAUAUGUUCAUCCACCUCCUAUAAAAUCCCCCUUUUUAACCAGUUAACUUAUCCAACUGGUUAUCUGAGCGCUUGUCUUUGUUUCAACCAAUUGGUUAAUUUAAGGUGAUGAAUUUAAAAAGUUGUCCUCUAUUACUGCACCCCAAUAUUUAUCAGACCUCUCGCCCCCCAGUAUGAUGCAGCCACCACUGUGUUUGACAGCUGGUACAGUGUUUAUAGAUUCAACUCUUCUAAAAGGUGACUCUUCAUAAUUUCCAUCUGUCAAGCGUGGCGGUGGUAACAUCAUAAUAUGGUCUGUUAUCCUGCUUUUUGCACACACUGGAUGAAGCAAUCAGGUUAAUGUGGAACUCCUUCCCAUAAUCCCAUCUUCAGCCGUGUGGAGUUUGUUUCAGGAAACAACCUCUGCAAAGUAGAAAGGCCAAAUAUCCGUGAUGUCAGGAAGAUUCUGCUUGGAAGGAAACAUUUCAAGCCUGAAUGUCUAAAUUUGUUCAUUUUGGAGGAUUAAAAGAAAAUCAAGAUUGUGGAUUUAACUGUUUUUACAAAAGUUUUAAUGUUGUUCUACACUUGAAAAGAACUGUUCAGGUUUAUAGAUGAAAGCUAAACCUGAUAAAUUGAUGGUCAGGAUUCCUGCUGGAAACACUGGAAUAAUAAAGCCACGUAGCUUCUUCUAGUCGAACAUCGCCUCCCUACAUCUGCUGCAGUCAGAUUAGCAUUUUAUUAGAAAACUACGUUUCUGAACGUAGAGGUACUACUGAGAAACGAGUUUGGUUCUUUCAGCAUGAAUUCAGGAAGUGAUUUCUGCAGCGAGAUGCUGGAAUCAGCAGCACUUUUCCGAUGUUUUCGGCUUUGUUUACAACAAUCAGCCUUAUUUUUAGUGUUUAAUGAGCUUAGCUGUAAGCCUUUAGCAGGUCCAGGUAGCUGGGGCUCAGGAUU